GCACCAGAGCAACGGGACAGAGGGGCCCGCCUAGGUCUCCUCCCACAGCAAAGGCCCAGCAAAGGGGCUGGAAAGCUGAGCCGAGCUACCAGCCUGCCCAGGCUCGCUUCCAGCGGCACUCCUGCUUCCCCAGAGCCUCGCACUUGCCCUCCUUCCUCCCUUAGCAACCGGGAGGCUGUGGAUACCGCCCGCGGGUGGCGGCCGGGAGGCUGCGGGCAGACCCGGCUCAGUGGGGCGGCGGCGGCCCAGCCCAGGUGCCCGGCGACCGCAGUGCGGAGCCGCCCCGCGAGCGCGACAGUCGCAGCGCCCGCGCGCUCGGGGCCCCGCGCACCCACCCCCCGCACCUGCCGCGGGGGCCCAAAAGGGAUCUUGCAAAAAUGAGCCAUUCUCACCCCUCUGGAUUACUUGCAGCAUACAAUAGUCUUACCGAUAAACACCUGGCUGGAUAUUUUAACAAUACAAGGAUAAGGCGGCAUCUCUUAAGAUCUGGACUGAUCACAAGAAGUGGAAGAAUACUUUCUGAAAAAGAAUACAAACUAAAUGUCAUGAAGCGGGAUCACCAGAAAUAUGUCCGGGAGUGCUUGGCUCAGGCUAUUUUCCGUAAGGUUCUUGAUAUGGAGCGUUACCACCAGCUUGAAAUAAAAAAGAAACUGGAGAAUUUAGCUAGGAAAGAGCGGAUCCAAAGAUUUAAGGGAGAGCACACAAGAUGGUCUAUAGAAGAUAACAUGCCAAUCUUGUCUCCCCACCCCCCAGUUGGCCCAAAGACAAACCGUGGCCAUAGUGUUCUGCUUAAUGAAGGACAUUCCAGUCCAUUAACACCGACAGCCCCUCGACCAUAUACUGCUCCGGAAAAUAUACAACCGCCUAUUCGAUUGCGGCCUCUUCCUAGUAAUCCUGCAGUAGGAACUGUUCCAAAGAUAAUUCCGGGGUCCAAAUCAAAAGGCUCAAUGCUGGAAAAUGAACCUCCACUUUCCACUGGGGGCAAGAAGGCAAUGAUGAAGUUCAAGAACUUCACGGACAAUUCACAGGAAAUGAAUUCAUAUCUACUUCCAAACAUUAACAAUUACCUGGUGCCUAUUCCUCCUCCAUCACAUCCUCAUGGUAGAAAGGUCACAAGGGAAAAUAGACCUGAAACAUGGAGAAGGAGACAAUUUCGUCCAACCACAGCUACAAAUGACUUUGAACCAAACAUUAAUGCUAUUGGGGAGCCAAAAAGGAUUCAUAAAAUACCUCUGCAUAGUAAUGCAACAAUUACAAUGAUGUACUUUGGAAAAAAUGUACGUUUAUCUCAUUAUGAUCACCCAGAUCUCCGGGAUGAAAUAAAAGUUUAUCAACAGCACUGUGGUGGAGAAAACCUUUGUGUCUACAAGGGCAAACUUCUUGAAAAAGAGACAUUUCAAUUUGUUUCCAAAAGGCACCAUGGUUUCCCCUUCAGCCUCACCUUUUUCCUAAAUGGAAUUCAGGUGAACAGGUUAAGCUCCUGCUGUGAAUUUAAACACCGAAAAGGUUCCAGACUAGGAGGAAAACGAGGCUACUUUGGGUUUGUGUGUGUCGAGAGAUCAUCUCCUUGCUACAAGUGCAUUAUUGCAAUGGGUCUUGACAAAAAGGCAAGUCCAUUAAAACCUAGAAGAGAAAAGAGUCUUGAGAAAAGAGAAGAUCUAAAGAAGAGUGACCGAAAACUGAGGAAGGUUAGAGAACUCAUGAAAUCUAAAAAGAAUGAGAUUGAGGGGAAUAGAAAUGCUCCGGCCAUUUAUUCAGUUCAUGAAGAAACAACAGGCAUUAGAGAAGUGAGAACCGCUGUGGAAGAAUUGGAACGCAAAGGAAAACCAGGACAAGAUAUUUGGGAAGAUGAACAGGAACAUAUAUUUAAAUAUGAUUAUGAAGAAGAUUUUGAACUAGAUGAGGAGAAACAAAAUGUGAAAACUAGUAGAGAAAGACAAACCAGUAAUCAAAGGAAUGGAAUGUCAGAGUCACCCUCAGAUGAUGAAAAAGAUCAUUUAGAUACUGAAAAGGAGAAUAAAACCUCAUCACAGAAAGCAUCAAAUGUAAAUGAAAAUGGGAAAAAUGAAGAUGAUGAAUGCUCUGUUAGUGAACAGGAAGAGGAUAAACACGACAUAAAAACUAGUUCAUCAACCUCAUCCAGAAGUCACUCUUAUUCUAGUGGCAGUGAUGAUGAAUCUAUAUUGGCAGAAGAGGAAGUUCAUGAUGAUAACAAUCGGAAGGGAAGUUUCUCUUCUCAGGAGCUGAAUGAAAAUGAUGACCCAGAAAAAUUUCACCUUACAAUUGAUAAGAAUACUCUAAAAAUUGAAGACCAAGAAAUAAUAAAAUUGGAUGUGGAUACUAAGCCUCUGAUAAUAGAGGAAAACCUGGAGAAUAAUCUUGAAGAAGAAACAGAGAAAAUAACCCAAAUCACUGAAGAGAAUUUAUCUGAAAAGUCUAGGGAACAUGUUUCCAAGGAAGAAAAGGAAAAGGAAAAGAGUAAGUUUUGGAAAAACAGCCCUGCUAAGGUGAAGAACAAAAAGUCAGUUCCUAGUGGGGUGGAGAAAGGUGUUGGACAGAUAAUAUCUGAAGCCUUGGAAUCUAGCUGCCAUAACCACUAUGAUGCUGAGUCUGGUGUUAGCCUUACAGAUGAUGGAAAGCAUCACUUGUUGAAGCCAGAGACUGACACAGGUUCAGCACCAAGUAAGAAUUUAGUGGUGGAAGAAAGUGCAGCAUUCAGUUCAAACAUGGAAUCUAAGCAAGUUGCAUCGGAAAUGUGUAUACUGGAGAAUGAAGAUGCAGUGCAGGAAAAUGAAGUUUUUCAGCACAUGGCUGCUGACACAAUAGAGGAAAAAGCAAAUGCAGCACUGUGGGGAAAGGCAGGGCAUAAUGAAAGUCUGCUGGGAGAAUGGAAGCCAGGCGCAGAGAAUCCAGCCUUAGCAGAAGAGUUUAUAGGGGGAAGAGAGAUCCCUCAGGUUAUAGCUUCUGACGCAGAAGCAGAAGGGGUGGGAAGUCAAUUCAAAGAUAUACUAAGCCCAAAGGAAAAAGACUCUGGAGGUUUGGAAGAAGAUGAAUCCCCUGAACAACAGGAGUUAAUGCAAACAGUGCUGGAGACAGAGACAGUAAUUUCUGAAGGGGGAUGGGGUUCAGAGAACACAAUUCUGGCAAACAAGGGGAUAGCUCAGAGUUCAGAGCCUUUUCAGGAGGAUGAAACACUAGGAGAAGAAGCAGUCUUGGAGAUGAGAGAGGCAGAGAGUGGGAAGGAUGUGCAUGAGGAAGUGCCUGAAAAAACAAACCGGGAGGAUAGUGAAGAGGAAGCAGCCACAGAUAGAGAGAGCGGGGGACCCACGGGAGACUUGGUAUCCAGGAGAGAUGAAGAUUCAGGAGAGGCAAAACUGGAAAGUGGAGAGGAAAUAGGCCAAGAGAGGCAGGAAGUUAUGGGAAGGGAAAAACUUUUGAGUAUUUCACCUUCUGAGAAGACCCAGGAACCUCCUGUGGGGAGUUUGAAAGAAAGCCAUGGACAACUCUGCAUAGAAGAGGGGCCAAGGGAGGAAACUGAGACUGAGGCAGAGUCUCACAGGGAAGAUGAUAGGGAAGAAAUGUUACCUGAGGAAUUAGAUGUAGCAAGAGAGAGGAUGAAAAUCGAGAGGUCAGAAAUACCUUCAGUGGAAACUGAAUCUGAGGGAGAAGAGGUGACAAGGGCAAGUGGAGGUCAGGAUAAAGACACUUUAGAAGAAGAGCGAAAGUUUAAAGGGGAAGAAGAUGAGAGAGUGAAGGAAGGAAGUUCUGAGGAAGAGACACAAGAUCCCUCUGACAAGAUGGAAUCGGAGGCACCCAUGGGGACAUCACAAUUGACUGAAAGUGUAGGGUAUCAAGGAGAAGACUCACUGAAUGAGAGAGGGGUGACAAUAUUUGAAGCUGGGUUUGAAAAAUCACUGAAAAAAGCAACAACUCCGAGGAGAGAGGAAGAAGAGAAAGGACUGAGGGAAGAUAGUGACACAGGGCACCAAGGCAGGGCAGAGCUGUGUCUUUGGGAGACGGUGACUCCUCCAAAGCAAGAGGCGGGCUCGGGUUCAGAGGAUGAAAGUGUGUUAGAUGCUCCUGAAAAUGAGCCAGAAGGAAAGACAAAGUCACCUAAAGGGAAAGUCAUUGCCACAGAUGAGGCUCAUGAGGCUCAGGAGUGCACAGUGACACGUCAAUAUGGCUUCUCAGGACAGGAGGGAAGGGACAAAGAAGGGCCUUUACAGGGGCCACAGUUAGUGGGAGUCAUGACAACAACCCAAGAAGAUGUUCCUGAGGAAUAUUCCAUGAUGGUCAUAAAGUCAAGUGUAGAAGUUGUAGGUGGGGCUGAGGAGAAGGAGGAGAAGGCGAAGGAGGUAGAUGAAAAGUUCCAAAUGGGGACAGGAAAGGUGAAGAAGGAGAACCAGGAAGGAGAUGGAAGCUUCUCUGAAGGAGUGACAGAGGCUGAAGAUCUCCACCAAGGGGGAGGAGCGACAGUGGCUGAAACGGCCACAGAAAAGAGAGAGGUGUUGGCAGAUUUGAAAACGGUUGAGGAGAAAACGGAAGCAAAUAAAGCCUCCUCCUUUUCAGAUGUUGCUGAAGAGGAAACUUGGGACACGGGAGGAAAAACAGCAGCUGUGGAGAGGGUGGCAGUAGAGGAAAUAGCCCUGAGGGAGGAGGAGGUGCCGGUGGAGGCGGAGGCACCCAUGACUUCAGCACAGGGGACUGGAGUGGGGACUCUAGGAGAAUCUUCUGAUGAGGAAGGGAAUGUCCCACCACUGAAACAGCAUCAGAAGGGACAGGAAGCAGAAACCAGGCCACAGGCAGAGUCAGCAGCAGAGAAGACAGGGACGGGUUGCUUCGAUGGGUGGCAGGAGUCUGGAGCCGCGGUGGAAUUCAGAUCAGGAUUAUCCAAAGAGAGAGAGUUAGAGCUGAAUGGAGAGAGUCCACAGAAUGAGGAAACUCUUCCUACAGAGUCCAAUUUCACUGGAACCCCAGAGCAGAGAAAGCAUAAGGUUCAAAGAGAAAGUGAUACCACAGACCUUUCCCUGAACAACACGAAGGCUUAAGAGACUCUGUGGCAGAUGAAAAUUUUAAAGAUGUCUUCUUGAAAAAUCAAAUACAAGAGAAUGACUCUUUCAAGGAUCUUGCCAAGACUUUAGAUUUUCUUUUUUUUCUUCUUUUUUCCCUUUGGUAUGAAUUAGUUUCCCAUCUGUCCGUGCUGACCGGAAGCAUAAUGAGCAUCUUGAGAGCAAUGGGAUAGAUCUGCAGCAUCCUGUUAGGACUAAUGGUUUCAAAGGGAUAACUGGGAGACUGUAAUAUAUUCAGCAGACCCACAUGAUUGAUUUGUACAAAGGUUGCCUGAAAGGCCCAACCAGCUCUGAUGUUAAAAGUUAUUUAAAUUAUUUUUAUUCAUAAUCAAGUAUUUCUAGUUUUGUAUAUGAAAGUUCAUCUUAAAAUAUGUGACAAAGCUUUAAGCACCAGUGUGUAUGUGCUGUGUCUCUCUCUCUCUCUCACACACACACACACACACACACACACACACACACACAUGAUUUUACUUUUUGAAGUACACUAAUAAAGCCAGUGUACUUUACUGUGGCCUUUUAUCCCUGAGGUCUUAUUUCUAGGGCCACUCCUGUUUAAAUCAAAAUAGUAAAUAAUUUAGUUGAAUGAAAUGAGUACAAUAAUUAUAGCAGGUAUGCAUUGCACAUGAGCAGAUACCAACUUGAGUCAUUCAAUGGAAAACAAACUUGGAUUAAAUUAGUGUGCUGCUAGCCUUCCUGAGUUCUGUUAUUUCAAACCUAUGCCCUAAUCUUGCACACAUUGUAAAUCAACAUUCACAGUUGCUUUCUAAAUUACCGCCUCCUCAACACCCCCCACACCCAACACUAUCAGAAACAGUUGUACAUCAUGUACUUCCUGGAGAUUUUUAUUUCCUUGAAGACAUUUUUAACUCAUACCAGUAUUUCAAAGGACACAUUGUUUGACCAUUUUUUCUCUGUGAGAAGGUAGGAAACGAUUUCUUAAAGCACUGAUUCUUUCAGUAACACAUCAUAGUAUAUUUUCAUGGGAGUGCUUUUAUGAAUGAUUUAAUCUCUGUAUCUACCCUGAAAUUACUAUUUAAUUUUUAGACAGAUUCAGGUGAGAGAAAGAGAGGAGAGAGAAAGAGAGAGAGAGAGCGUAUAUGUAUAUAAAGUCUUCAGUUGAUUCUACUAUAUAGCGAAAAAUUGAAAACUAAUGUCCUAAAUCAUUAUACAUUUUGUGCUAGCUGCCCUAUUUCUGUGUCCCAAAGGACCAGGCAUAUUAUCUUCAUAUGUGUGUCUCAUUUAAAUAAAUAAAGGAGCCAUUCGAUGAUCAAAGAUAUGAUGGAUCAGUGGUUCUCAAAAUGUGGUCCCUUGAUUAGUAUAUCAGCAGCACUUGGAACUAUUCCAAAUAUAGUCCCUAUUCUCUUAUACCUAUUAAAUUGCAACUCUGUGGGUGGGGCCUAGAAAUUGGUAUUUUAACAAGCCCUGUGGGUAAUUCUAAUGUACAGUGAAGUAUGAAAACUGCUUCCAUGGAUAUUGAUUGUACUGAGAAUUAGUGUCAGCUGGAAAAUGGAUUAUAGAAGCAAUGGGAACUUUGUGUUUCUUUUUGCCUAGCUCUUUGUCUUUUCUUUUCCUAUAUUUUCAAAAAUAGCAUUUACUAUAGAAUUUAUGAAUUAAACUAUAAACCCAUUUCUAAUAUCUAUGGGAUGUGUAUAUUGUCUGUUAGUCCCACCCUUAUGGAAGGAUAAGUAUUUCACAAUUGAGAACAAUAGAUAUCUAUUGUACAUUUUAGGUUUUGUGGGCAUUCUUUCCAUUUCAUUUAUUAGUGAAAAAUAUGAAUUCAUCUGUUAAGUACUGGUUCCCCCAUCUCGAGCACUUAUAAUACAUUGCACUUUAUUGGAAAUAUUGUAAGUUUACUGAUUCCAUUCAAGAAUCAAUUUGUACAAUGUGCUAAAUGGAAAUUGUGCUGGCUUAUUUUUAUAUUUAACACAUUCCAUCAAAACAUUCUGUAACAGUUCUAACACAGUUCUCCAAUCUGCAUGUCGGUUUAACUCUGAAAUUUUGUGUUUUGUUGAUAUUUUAAGUUCUUUCUUUGCAAUCACUGUUAAUAAAAUUAUUUGCAUGUGC